AUGGAAGAUCCUCUAAUUGGAGAAAAUCAGCAUGCAUUUCUUGAACAAAAACUUCCAAUGAAGCGUUUAGUUCUCAGUCCUAACUUGUAUAUUGUUGUUUUUACACCAAUUGGGCUUAUUUGUCUCGUUAUUGGAGCAGUUCUCCUCUUUGCAAAAGAUUCUGCAAUAGAAGUCAAGAAAGAUUAUAGUAACAUUUGUGAAAUAGGCAACGUUUGCGAAUUUAUUUUAAACAUUCCUCAAAGAAUGUCUUAUCCAAUCGCAGUUAUGUUCGAAUUAACAAACUUUUACCAGAACCAUUGGAAAUCAGUUCGCUCUCGCUCAGAUGAUCAGCUUAUGGGAAAAUACGUUCGAUUUGACGAUAUGAAAUCUUGUUAUCCAUACAGAUCAAAUGGCGACGAUCCAUCACCAAACAAUUGGAUUUUACCUUGUGGUCUUCAUGCAAUUUCAUUUUUUAAUGAUACUUUCGAUGUCAAAGAAUUUAAAACAUUAGAAUUAUCCGAUGUUCAACAGACAGGAAUCAAAGUAAAGUCAUUAAAUUCACUUUACAAAGGUCAUAAAUGGCUCGAGGAUACUCCUUCAUGGCCAAAUAGCAACACAUUGAACAGAUUUUCUAUGUGGAUGGAUACGGCAGCUUUUCCUAACUUCAGAAGACUCUACGGCAUUGCUCAAGGAAAAGGAUAUGUCGAACCAGGAAAUGUAACAAUUUCAGUGAUGAAUAACUACAACGUCAGCUCCUUUAAUGGAAAGAAAUCCAUUAUACUGACGACAAAAGGUGACUUCCCUCCAUCAUCCAAAUAUUUAGGAAUUGUUUAUAUUGUUUCUGGCACAAUUAUGGAAAUUGCUUCAUUAAUCACAAUUUUCACGAAGCCAAUAUUCACAUCAGCUUAA